CAAAACUCUCCAUAUGUGCAUAUUUUCUUAAUUGUGUGCAUUAAAGCUACAUUAACCUUACGAUAAAAUCACAUUAAACAGCAGGUACUCAUGGACUCAGCAUCUCCCUUUCCCCCUUCAAGGAUUCCAACAUUUUUCCUUUUACCAAGGGAAACCCGGAGAGAAGAGCUUUCCCUUUAAGAGGGAGGUGGAUGACAGGCAGCAGGACCGAGAAUGUUGGAAACUGAACACCAGAAAGUCAGUGUGGAGUAAAGAGAGGCUGGAUCGGAGAGAGUGCGACGUAUUCAUCAGCUGUGCGCUUACAGUCUCAGGUUUUGCUGUAAGCCGUUGACAGACAGAGGCGUAUUAUUCAUUGACACGAGGAAACCGCAUUUUGCAUGCGGCGUUAUCGAUUCUGCGGGCCCAGAGACUACGGAAAGACUGAAGGAAUAAAGUUUGGGGAGCGCAAAGCGCAGCGCACAGUUCUUUCGGAGUUGAAUGUGUGAGCCCAGUCCACCUGCUCUGCAUCCCCAUGCCAAGAGCAAUGUGACCAUGGUGGGUGUUGGUAUCAAGCUUGAAGACGACGAAUUGGGAGGUAGAGUUGUCAACCGGGAAUCCUCUCCGGUCUGCGAUUGGUCAGUUCGGCUGCCCUCGGACAGAGACGACUCUGAGAAGUCAGCUCAGCAUAACAUACACUCCUCCUUGGAGAGUUCUCCCAGUAAAGAACCGCUGCGAUCACACACACCUGCCAGUCAAGAUGGAGGCAGCCGAGCCCACGAGAAGACUGACGGCAAACCUAACGUCAGUGAGGUGAUGCCCACAAUUGAAAAGCUUCUGAAUACGGACUGGAAAGAAAAGUUCCUUGGGAAGGGUCUUCAGGGCAGCGUCAACCUAAAAGGAACCCCAGAGAGUCUGGCAGAGAAGGAGCUUCAGUUGUUGUUGAUGAUAAACCAGCUCUCUGGUCUGCGAGAGCAGCUGUUAGGAGCUCAUUCUGAGCAGAGAAAUAUGGCUGCUCUACUGCUGGAGAAACAGCAGCAACAGAUGGAAUUGGCAAGACAGCAGCAAGAACAGAUUGCCAAACAGCAGCAGCAGCUGAUACAGCAGCAACAUAAAAUCAAUUUACUGCAGCAGCAAAUUCAGCAGGUAAACAUGCCGUAUGUUAUGAUCCCCGCCUUUCACCACAACGCCCAGCCAUUGCCAGUCACCUCUGAGGCCCAGAUGGGUUUACCUCUGCACCCCGUUCCCUGCAAACCAGUGGAUUAUCCCAUGCAGUUGCUGCCCAAUCCACACUCCACCCCGGUCAAAAGGUCCAGUGGUACAGUCUUUCGCCAGGACACCAGUCAACCUCUCAACCUCACAGCUAAACCCAAGACCCCAAGUCCCCAGGCACUGGAACUGGCCCACUUGCAGACAGGGUACCGACCCAGAGAUCUGCCCCACAGCCCUCCUCGAUCUGCCCUCAGCCUGAGCUUCUUGGGAGAGGGUGAUGUUGUGACACAAGCCAUUCAUGAUGCCCAGCAGCUGUUGCGUGGAGGACAAGGCCCAACGGGCAGAGAGAGGGACCGUGAGAGGGACAACAACACAAGGCUGGAGGCGUCUCGAGACCGGAUGGAUGACGGACAGUCUCUAAGGACGAAUGAGGACCACCUCAGCAGUGACUCUGAGGGACAGAUGGCAAUCUCUGGUGUGGGAAGCUAUGGUGAAUCCCGGACUCCCUCCUCUGGCCACAUCAAACGUCCCAUGAACGCCUUCAUGGUGUGGGCUAAAGACGAAAGGCGACGUAUCCUGCAGGCGUUCCCUGACAUGCACAACUCCAGUAUCAGCAAGAUCCUUGGUUCCCGUUGGAAGUCCAUGUCCAAUCAGGAGAAGCAGCCGUACUACGAAGAGCAAGCCAGAUUGAGUCGGCAGCACCUGGAACGUUACCCAGACUACAAAUACAAACCCCGACCAAAGCGCACCUGUAUUGUAGAGGGAAGACGACUGCGGGUGGGAGAGUACAAAGCCAUGAUGAAGAGCCGACGACAGGAGCAACGAGUAACGUACCCUCCGAGCCAAUCAGAGCAGCAGCUACCGUACCCCCCCAGUGAAGGACAGUACCCGACCACGCCUGUGUCCAUGGCCUUGCCCUUGCACCCUGCCCUCCUGGAGCACUACCUCCCCCGGGGUCUGGAACCCCCGCAGGGCCGAAGUGACGAGACACGGGAGGUCGCACGGCCCAGACAGCCCUACAGCGAAGGCGAGGAGAGUGACACGGGCGAACGCAGUGAGGGAGAGCUGGUUGUCCUCACCGACUGAGAUGGAACAAGGAAAGGAUGGGAGGACAGAGAAGGUGGAAAAUGCAAACGAGGGGGAAUGAGAUGGAGAAAAGAAUCCCUACAAAUGUUAUGGUGUCCAAAAUUGGUUUAGGUCAGUGUUUUCCAGUCCAGUUGUGAGGAUGUCCUUGCAAACUGGUUUCAAACCUGCCAGAUCAGUCGCAUGGUCCUCUAGGGUUGGUUAGGAAGGCAGCAGACAUGAUGACAAGUAGUUAAACAAAGAAUAGAUAUUAAUUUUUCAAAUUUUUCCAGUGGUGUAAGCCAGACAUCCAGGAUAGGUCUUACUUACCAUAGCCUGAAAAAAGCGAGACUUUUUCAGUCUACAUUAUUCGCUGUUAGACUGCAGAUCUUGAGUUGUUUGAAAGCACUGUGGAGCUGGUGUGCAAAAAAUUGUCUACUGCACAUAUUAAGUAAAUGUUAUCUGCAAAGUGCAUAAGACAAUGCAAGAGAAUCGGCUCUUCUAGAAGGGGUAUAGAUAAGUAUAUUCAUUGUUGAGUUGUUUGAAAAAGUUCCACGUUAUAUAGUGUCAAAUGAUAGAAUGCAUAAGAAGGAAUGGUUCACCCAAAAAAGAAAAUGAGAUUAGAGUGAGUAAACAAUGACAAAAAUAAAAUUUUUGGAUGAACUGUUUCUUUGAAUAGCCAAUGGAUGGAAAGCUCUGAAUCAUUAGCCAUAGAGAAAAAAAAUACUAAAGCCUUUGUGCUUUAUAAUGAUUCUUGAUGUCACCAGGGUUUUCCUGCAAAAGUUCCUGUUAAGACUGUGCCAAGGUACUUUCCAGAGCUCAAGGGCUGAGCAAAAAAAAAAAAAAAAAAAAACAA